AUGUCUGAAGUCAAGAAACCUCCCCGCUUACAACGCCAAGGUCUCCUCUUCUCCUCACGAAAGCGAAAGCGCUCUCCUUCACCAGCAAAUGAACCCACCAUACCUCACAACCCCCAGUCUCCAGAAAAGAAAACAAUUAAAACAAGUAUCCUCAUUCUCUCUGACACCCACGGCCACUCUGCCCUCCCGUCCCAAUUACCAGAAAACUUACACCUUGACGCCGUCAUCCACUGCGGUGAUCUAUCACAAUGCGGAGAGAUAGAAGACUACAAACGAACCUUGGACUUGCUGAAAGCAAUACCUGCAUCUAUCAAGCUUGUGAUUCCGGGGAAUCAUGAUCUGUCUCUUGAUCCCGCUUUCCCGACUCACUCCUCUCCCACCUUCACCACGACCGAGAGGGAAGAUUUGUAUGCCCAAGCCCUCGAACUCUGGACCAGCCCCUCAGUAAGGGAAGCAGGAAUUAUCCUCCUUGAUCCGGGAUUUCAGACCUUCACCCUCUCAAAUGGCGCUAACCUCCGCAUCUACACAACGCCCUACACGCCCUGCCCACCCACCGUCUCCACUUCAGAAUGCGCAUUCGGCCAUCCCUCCUCUCACGACAUCUAUAACCCACCUGGAAGCGGGAUCUGGUACAGUACUCCAUCUGGAACUCCACAAACGCUAAUUCUAGAUGACAAGAGAGGAAGAGUUGAUGUCCUAAUUAGUCAUGGACCGCCGAGAUAUAGGUUGGAUAGGACGGAAGAGGGGGAGAAUGUUGGGUGUAAAAAUAUUUGGAGGGCGGUUAGGAGGUGUAGACCGAGAGUGCAUGCUUUUGGACAUGUGCAUGCCGGGAAUGGGGUUGACAGGGUAAGGUGGAAAGAGGAGGGGGAGGAGUGUUUACCAAGGGAUGAUGAUAUUGAUGAUGGGAUUGAGGAGGUGAAGAAGGUUGAUGGAAGAAUUGCGGAGGGAGGGGUGAGGCUCGUUGAGGCGAAAGGGAUUAGGAAAGGGAAAGAGACUCUGUUUGUUAAUGCUGCACUUAUGGGGGAUGAGGUGUUGGAGAGGACGCCUUGGGUGGUGGAGAUAGAAUUAGAGAGGGCAAAGGUAAAAUGA